CUCAACCCUCAGCCAUUGAAUGAAGCAUCCUACAGGGGAAGAAGAGGAGCAGCGGCGGCCAGAGAAGUGAGGGGCUGCUGGGCCAAAAUCUUGCCUGCUGUGGCAGAGUCUGAGACUCUGGACAAGUCAUCCUCAUGCCACUUGUAAAUAACAAAGUGGGCGAUGACAGCACAGUCGGCACAGACAAGGCUUUGGCUGAUGGGAAGGCUCUGGUGGACUCUUUGAUGAAGGUGGUGGCAUGUUACCGGCACCUGGCCUCAUGUGUCGGUGGGUGCACAGACAGCCUGCAGUUGCGGGAUGAGCUGCGACAAACGAGAGAAAAGGCCCAAAAGUUGGCCGUGGCCAUCUGUCAUCAUCUGACCUCACACCUCCGAGACAAGAGCCUGCCUAAGGAGCAGCGUAAGGAGAUGGAGCUCCAAUGGGUGGCCUUCUCCUCCAGCCUGGAGCUCCUCCAUGUUGACAUGUGCAAGGUUUUCAAUGUGGCUGAAAUCUUCUCUCUGGCCAACAGUCACACCCUGGUGCAAACGGGCCUACAAGGAGGAGGCAGUGAGGUUGCAGCUCGGGCGCUCAGCCUGCCGGACCUGAACCAAACUCCAAGCCAGACCCUCCCUGCUAGCCUGGAGAGCCAGGAGCACAGCACCAUGGAGCAGGAGAUCAGCCAAAUCGACCACAUGAUCGACGACAUGGAGAUGAAGGUCAACGUGCUGCGCUGGAUGGUGGAGCCCCACGGGCCGCAGUAUGCAGACCCUCUGAGCAGCACCGACAGCACCUCCCUGGCUAUGCUCUCUGUGGACGAGGAGCAGCCCGGACAACAGUCUCUAUGCCAGCGCAAGCACAUCUUUGUGCUCUUAUUGCUGUUUUGUGUUGUUUUGCUGGCAGCCACUUUAUCUGUUUCUGUUGUGAUUUUCUCAUGA